AUGGCGAUGGAGGCGUACCGGCGGGUGCAGGACCCAGUGCACGGCUGUGCUGGGAUCAUCAGCCGCCUCCAGGGAGAGAUCCAGGUCGUGCAGUCCGAGCUGGCCAGGACCCAGGCUCAGAUCGCCGUGCACACUGCAGCAGCAGCCCACUCGCAGCCGGCUGCGCUGGGCUCCCAGUUGAACACACAGGCACGGGCUCCCCUGCAGCAGCAGCGGCGGCGGCGGCAGCAAGGCGAUGCGCUGAUGGUGCAGGAGCCGUUCCAUGGAUUGGAUGCGCUGCUCGAUGAUCACCGCGUGGAUGUUAAUUUGUUUGAUGAAGAGAUGAGUACUUGA